AUGGGCUUAUUACGCUAUGCGGUUUGUUUGGGUGUUGCUGCUCUUCUAAUCAAUUAUGGCAUAGAAAGGUUAUACACGGAACAUCCUCUUCAUUUUGAUGGGAAAGUUGAUAGCAGAUAUGAAGCCGUACGCAAAGCCUUUGAGCAAAAUUUUAUUGACGGACUAGAGGCAGAAGGAGCUUCUUUUGCAGCCUAUGUAAAAGGCCAAAAAGUUGUUGAUCUGUGGGGAGGCUAUGCAGACAUACAGGCAGCAAGGACUUGGAAGGAGACGAAGUCACAGGACACAAUAAGCGUUGUGUUCUCCACUACUAAAGCCGUAGCUGCGCUUUGUAUUGCGGUGUUAAUCGAUCGAGGAAGGCUCAGAUACGACGACCUUGUAUCAAGACAUUGGCCAGCAUUUGCUAAGAAUGGAAAAGCAAAUAUCACCGUUGAAUGGGUGAUGUCGCAUAUGUCAGGCCUGUAUUACUUUGAUGAGCCUAUCACUAAAGAAAUAGCUACAAAUCAUGAAAUCAUGAGAAAGCUGAUUGAAAAUGAAACGCCUAAAGUCUCAGCAGGAACCAGCUUUGGUUAUCACACAUACACUUUUGGGUGGCUUGUCGACCAGAUUAUUAGGCAUACUGACGAGAAGAAAAGAGGGAUUGGCCAGUUUCUGCGGGAGGAGAUUACCGAACCAAACGGUAUGAAAUUAGCAGGGAUCGAUUUUCAUAUUGGUCUCAACCUUUCCGAGGAGUAUCGUGUUGCUCGCGUAGCUCCAAUCAGGAUGUUUGAGUUAGUUAAGGAGGUUUUUUGCAAUUAUCGUUCUGCAUUGAUGUUUUUCAAAUACAGUUUCGCAAACAAGGAAUCUCCUCCAUAUAAAGCUGUAAGCAAUCCUUCAUGGAUGAAGAUAUCUCCGCAGUGUACGAUGAAUGAUCCUGAGCAACAUGCAAUGGAA